CGCAAACUGUAUGGGUAAUGAUGAAUGUCCAUUGACAUUAGAUGAUGCUGGCGGCGUUUUAGGACAUGCAUACUUUCCUGACUCUAGCGGCACCUGUAGAGAAAUCCAUUUAGAUAUAAAUGAACGCUGGUAUUUUGGAAAUAAUCCUAAUAUACCCAAAAAUCAAACUAGUUUUCUUAUGGUGUUGGUUCAUGAAAUUGGACAUGCCCUCGGCAUAGCACAUAGUGCUUCUCCGAAUGCUAUUAUGUUUGCCUUCUAUCAGCAUGAGAUUCGUGGUCUAGAUGUUGAUGAUAUAAAUGCAGUACAAUAUCUAUAUGGAAGAAAAAACAAAUAUGAUUCAAUCCCAACGUCUACCACCGCAUCAGCAAUACCAAAAACAACAACAACUAUAAGAUCUACAACUCAAGGCAGUAAUCCGAGAACAUUAGAUCUGUCUCAAAAUAAAUCUAGUCCAUCAGAUAAUGACGGAAUAACUCUUGUAAUAAACAAUCUACAACAGGAGUAUUUUAAAGCUCAGGAAGCCCUUAAAGAAAAUGUCGGCCCUGACCUAGGUAAUGCAGAUUUUGUUACAGAAAUAAUAGAUAACACCGAUAUUUGGGGUGUUUUAGAAUUGACCAAGGUGGAAUUCACCAUUCCAUCGGAGCACGUUCCAGUAAGGUGCCUAGCAAACUUUCAGUCUGUUUGCGGUUGCGUCCACCCUCUGGAGUUCGCCUCCCUGCGGACACGGCAUCCUGGGGGGUUGAUAAAGUAUGCUGCGCAAAGCAAUACGAAUAUCAAAUAUGUUCAAAAUACGGGUUUUGCUAAGACCGAUGAAAGCCUUUUCUAG